AUGCAUUCCUCCCAGAAAAAAGCACGUUCCCCGGUCGUCUCGCGUCGAUACCCUGUUACCCCAGGCACUUCAGGUUCAAAGGCUUGCAAUGCAUCUCGGGUGUUGAAUCACGCACCCGCCAUUCCAAGAAGCUCGGUUCCACCGCCAACAUCAUCGGUAACUAGACAAUUGCAAGCGCCUUAUCCAAGCACAGAUACCCCACAACUGGCCGAUGAAAGUGAGACUAUCGACAGUGACUUGGGCCAUGUCAUCGCUGCCAUUGACAUGAAAGAUUACGGGACAGUGGGGUGCGCCUACUACUCUACAGAAGAGGAGAAAAUGUACUUGCUUGGAGAUAGCCGUUCGGGAGGAAUGGAAAUGGUCGAUGCUUUGAUUCUUCAAAUCAAACCUACGGUGAUAUUGAUACCCUCUCGAGUCAAUAUUUCAAGUCUGCGGGGCCGCGAGCAGAGUCUGGCACGAGAUAACGAUUUCUCCUCUUAUCUCGCUUACCAGGUAGACGUUCGUCCUACGCAGGAGUUCGGCUUCUCCAACGCGCGAAACAGUUUAGUUGCCCUAGACAUGUCAUCAUCUCACGAAGACCGCAUCCGCUUUUUCGUACCCAACAGUGGUCUUGCUGGUCCCGAAGAAAUCAACCCUGAAAAUAUGGGCUUUACGCUCCAUGAGGGCAGACUUCUGCACAUGUCCAGCUCUAUCGACAUGGAAAACCCGGUGACAGUUGGCUGUGCGGGUGCUGUUCUCUCACAUUUGCAGAAGCGCCGAGCUACAGGAGCAAGAAUAGGGCCAAUGGACGAUUGCCCAUUUAAAGUGAGGUACUUAGAGAUGUGCAGUCUUCGGGAUACGAUGUGGAUCAGUAGCAAUACCCUCUUGUCGCUUCAGAUUAUACAACCUGAGUCUCAUCCUAACAUGUUCAACCAAGGGCCCGGCACAAAAUCGGCUUCGGGCAAAGAGGGUCUCUCGGUAUAUGGUCUGUUCCACCGCUUUGCAUACACCCCUCAGGGUAAAGCAAAACUCAAGCAAAUCUUCUUUCGCCCGAGCCUGAGCCUCGUCUCCAUCCGACAACGACAUGAUUUUAUCAGUGUUUUCUCGCGACCCGACAACUCAGCCGUGUUAGAAAAGAUUGCGAAGGGUAUGAAGCAUAUCAAGAACCUUCGACCGGUGAUGAUCAAUCUGCGAAAGGGCGUCAGUACGGGAAGCGCAAAGAUUACUGGGUUCAAAGCUACCGUGUGGGCAAGCCUGUUGGCUUUCGCAUUUUACUCGAUCGAUAUCCAUGAUGGCCUCCGAGAGGUCUCGGGUGCCGAUGUCUUGCCCUUGCGGACAAAGGCUCUACAAUUAUUUGAGGCAGCGCAGCUCUACCGAGUAGGGCGAAUGAUCCAGGAGACAGUUGACGUCGACAAUUCCGAGGAGCAAGGCAGAACCGUGGUCAAACAGGGUCUUGAUCGUGAUCUUGAUCGAAUGAAGGAUCGAUACGACGGACUGAACAGCCUCCUCAAACACGUAGCCAUUGAUAUUGCCACAACAAUCCCAGAAGAGCUGGACAUUGAUGUGAACGUGAUCUAUUUUCCUCAGCUCGGGUUCAACAUCGCUAUUCCCCUCAACGACAGAGAGCAGCCGGCCUAUUCUGGCUCUGGCGAGGACUGGGAUCUGGUGUUCAUCACGGAGACGCGAGCAUACUUCAAAGACUUCCGUAUGAGGGAGCUGGACGACAGACUCGGGGACAUCUAUGGACUUAUCUGUGGUAUGCAUCUCGUCCUGCUGGGGAAUCUUAGAGCAUAUUCCGAUGACAUGCUGUAUACAGAAAAAGAGAUUGAGAUCGUUUACGACUUGGCUCAGAGAGUUCUCCAGUAUGAGAACGUACUGGUGGAGGCUUCUGAUGUUUGCGGAGAGCUUGACAGUCUCCUUGCCCUUACACAGGCAGCUAGCUUUUACAAGCUGAGCCGACCCCGAAUGGUAUCAGAAAAUGUUAUCAAAAUUAAAGGAGGCCGUCACAUACUACAAGAGCUGACGGUCUCUUCAUACGUUCCAAACAAUGCUCUGCUUGUGGGUGGAUACAACACCUCUGGUAGAAGUCCCAUUUCAUCACAGGCGAGCCCGGCUCCCAGUAUGUUGGUAUUGACUGGCCCAAACUACUCUGGCAAGAGUGUCUACAUGAAGCAGACUGCCCUUAUUGUUUAUCUAGCACAAAUUGGAAGCUUCAUUCCUGCAGAAAGUGCAGAACUGGGCAUCACAGACAAGAUUUUGACCAAGAUCAACGCCCAGGAGAGUGUGUCAAAGAUCCAAAGUACCUUCAUGAGUGACUUACAGCAGAUCUCUCUCUGCUUAAAUCAAGUUACUGGCCAAAGCUUAGUUCUCAUCGAUGAGUUUGGAAAAGGAACAAAUGAGAGUGAUGGCAUUGGACUCGCAUGCGGGAUCCUGGAGCAUUUGUUGAGUCUUGAAGAUGCACCGAAGGUCAUCGCAGCCACGCAUUUUCACGAGAUCUUUGAAAAUGGUUUUCUCCCACCACGAGCCAGGCUCCAGUUGGGACACAUGGAAGUGAAAGUCUGCGAGGAAUCACAACAGGUGGAAGAUCAAGUCACAUAUCUCUACAACUUUCGCCUUGGUCGGAGCAAUAAGAGCUACGGCACUAUUUGCGCCGCAAUCAACGGCAUUGACGCGGCUAUUGUUGCCCGCGCGAACGAGAUUGCCUUGCUGGCAGCCCGAGGAGUGAACCUCACUGCUGCGUGUGCAGUCUUAUCUCCUGAAGAGACGCAGAUACUGCAGGAAGCGAACCAAUUAGCGAGGAACUUUCUAAAAGUUGACCUCUCGAAGGAUGGGGCGCCAGGGCAGAAUGCGAAAGCAAUACUCGAAGAAUUAUUCACUACACCAGCGUGA